AAAAAUCUAAUAAUAUUAUUAUAAAACAAAAACAAAAAACUUCAGCCUCGUUCUUCUCCCUCUGUCUCUCUCAUCUUUGCUCAAGCUUUCUUCCUUCCCAUGGCAACUCUCUCUCAAGUCAUUAUCUAGCUUUCCUCUUUUUUUAUUAUUACUUCUUUUACACUUCUUUAUAUGGACAUUGGGACUCAUGUUCCCGGGUCGGUUACUAGUAACGUAAACGGGUCACCAGAUCUGAAAGAAGACAGAUCCGGUUUGCCACGAAGUUCCAAGCUAUCAAGAACAACAACAACAGCAAUGGCUGAAGAAGACAAGAGCUUGUCUUCCCCUUACAGCAAGUCGUUGGGGUUCCCACUUGCGAGAUCUGCUUCUGACUCUCUCCGACAAGAACAUAUGCUUAGCUUCUCAGACAAACCAGAAGCUCAAGACUUCAGUAAAUAUGUCUGUUUGGAUAACAAGAACUCUCUCUCACCGUUUCUCCACCAGUUCCCACCUCCUCAAUAUAGAAGCUACUCAGGAGGAGGAUAUGGUUGUGGUGGGAUGAUGAUGGGCAUGCAAGGGAAAGGACCUUUUACAUUGACUCAAUGGGCUGAGCUAGAACAACAGGCGUUGAUCUAUAAAUAUAUCACAGCCAAUGUCCCUGUUCCUUCUAGUCUGCUCAUCUCUAUCCAAAAGUCCUUUUACCCUUAUGGAUCUUUGCCUCCUAGCUCUUUUGGAUGGGGAACAUUCCAUCUAGGUUUCGCAGGGGGUAACAUGGAUCCUGAGCCAGGAAGAUGCCGUAGAACAGACGGGAAGAAAUGGAGGUGCUCAAGAGAUGCUGUUCCUGAUCAGAAAUACUGUGAAAGACACAUCAACAGAGGCCGUCACCGUUCAAGAAAGCUUGUGGAACUCCAAUCUAACCAGACCGCUGUUGCUGCAGCUGCGUCCAAAGAACAGUCUGUGGUUGCUGGUGGUAUUAACCGUAACCGCAGCCUCGCCACCCCAGCUCAAUACACCAAUCCGUCUACAGACUCUCUACCUAACAAUAGAGUCCAGAGUCAGGUAUAUCCAUCAACGGUUAACUUGCAACCCAAGGAUUCUCCUAAACAGAGAAACAACAACAGCUCUUUUGAGUUUGGACACAUAUCCUCUGAUUCAUUGCUCAACCCUAACUCGGCAAAGAGCUUACUUGGAUCAACGUACUUGGAUUUUAGCAGCGGCCAUGAUAAGCAACAUGGCAAUCACAGUCACAGCACUUGGCCUGAAGAGCUGAAGUCAGACUGGACGCAGCUCUCAAUGUCAAUUCCAGUAGCAUCAUCGUCUCCUUCCUCCACACACAUCACUGGCGAAGACAAAACCACUAUGUCACCUCUCAGGCUAUCUCUCGAGUCCGACCUUUCCGAGCAGGAAACGCUCAAAAAGGUGAAUACGUGGAUACCGAUCUCAUGGGGAAACUCCUUAGGAGGUCCUCUAGGUGAAGUACUCAACAGCACAACGAAUAGCCCCACGUUGGGUUCUUCUCCAACAGGGGUUUUGCAAAAGUCUACGUUUUGUCCACUCUCUAACGGUAACGGCAGCCCCAUUGCAGAGAGCAAUGACAGAAACACUGGUGGCGACUACUUCCGUUACACUAGCUGAGGAUGAAGCUUUUGUUCUUAUUUUAUUUAUCUUGAACUCUUGUUUCUUGGUGCAUUGCUUUGUUCUUUUGUGUUUCUUUCUAUGCAUAAUGCUGACCUGAUAUAAUCACAACCAUGAUUCUUUUGGUCAGAUC